CUGCAACAUGAUAACACAUAUUGUUCAAUAUACCAAUGGCUCCCCGAGAAGGAUUUUGAUAUAUACUAUGAUAUUUGCUCUUAUUGGAUUGCUUUAUGUAUGUUUAACAAACAAUACUGGCAAUGCGAAUAAAUCACAAAAAUAUAAAAGUGAAUGGUCAGCAAGGGCACCCUUGUUUAAGGCCUAUUAUUUGCAGGGAUCGGAUUAUUUGAAACAAACUAUUGUUGAAGACAGUAAAGACAGUUUGGGACAGGAUAAAAACCAACUUGACUCUGAAGCUGAAACUGGUGGAGCACUUGUGCCUAAACAAAAUGUUUUCUACUUGAAGAUUCAUAAAACUGGGAGCACAACUCUGCAAAAUAUAUUUCUCAGAUACGGAGAUGUUCAUAACAUGACAUUCGCAAUGCCUUGGAAAAGACAUAGGGUGUGUUACCCAGAGAUAUUUGAUAAAUCAUGUUUGAUACCAAUUCAUGAAAAAUAUCAAACUUCUGUAAUGUAUUGUUUUCAUAUGCGAUAUCACAAAAGUGUAAGAGAUCUGAUGCCAAAAAAUACUUUUUACACAACUUCCAUUAGAAGUCCUGGAGCACAUUUUCUCUCUGCUUUCCACUUCCAUAAAUUUGCAAAAUGUUACGGGAUCGACCAUGAGGAUAUCCCAUGGAAGUUUUUUCUUGAGAAUGUAACAUCUAGCGUUGUGAAAGUCAAACAGUGCAAUAUGUGGCAAGUGUCAAGCAAAAGUGAGCAGCUGUUCGAAUUUGGCGUUGAGAUACCCGAUCUAGACAAGGAUGUUACCAUCAAAAAUAAAAUACUCCAGAUUGAACAAGAUUUUGAUUUUAUAAUGAUUACUGAUUAUAUACACGAAAGUCUGGUUCUUUUAGCCGAUCUUUUAAACUGGAAUUUAGAGGAAGUUGUUUAUUUUACGAAAAUGCAGAAAAAUAACCAUGACACUGAAAUAAAUUCCUAUUAUUUAAACUUGGUGAAAAAAUGGAAUAAAGGAGAUGCCAUUCUAUUUGAUCAUUUCAACAAAACAUUCUGGAAAAAAGUUGAAAUAUAUGGCUGUGCUAGAAUGCACAAACAGACCAUUAAAUUAAGAAAUCUUAUCAAAUUCUGGACUGAAAAAUGUGACAGGUCCCCGGGUGAUCCAACAUGUGUCCGGAUGCUGCUGACGGAGCCAAUUUACAUUCAUGAGCUCAAGACAAAAAUGAUCUAUCAGGACCGUUUCAUAAUUGAUGAUAUUAAAAAUGUUUCAACUGGUGCUCCACUAUCCUCUAGUCCCUUUUUCCCGUAUCACACAAAGUUAUUCAAAGAAACCUACCCAAGAACUGACCCUUGUAAAGUUAUACCAACAUCACAUAGAAUAUCGACAUGUAAAUCAAUGGAGUAAAAUGUUCCAGAAUAUAAAAGAUGUAAAAACAUUUUUUUUAGUUUUUGCCUUAAAGAGACUCUAUACCAUAGGAUAGCACAAUCAAGUCCCCUCUGGUCCUUUUUGAUAUUGAGUUUCACCAACAUAUUCACCGAUCUACUUACCAAUGAAGAAGUCCCAAAUCCCCCGCUUUUAGUGUUAAUUUUGGGAUUGCACUGUUUGAUCUAAUUAUUUCACGGGAAUUUAUCAAAUCUGAAGUUUAAAUAAAUCGGUAAAAUACCCCUGUUAUCUGUUUCAACUUGAUGUCUUCUAGUAGAAUGUCAGAGAAUUCUGUUCAAACCGCCUGAUAGUUGUGACAAAAAUGAGCCGGGAAAGGGGCAUCUAAUUAGGUUUUGGGCAUGCUGGGUUUACUCGAGAUCUGAUGAUUGUUGUUUUUCACACAUUGCUGCUGUCAAUUAAGUACAAACUGGUAAUUCUUUGACAUGUUUGAUGGCUCAUGUUCAGAAGAACCAUACAACAC